AUGGCGGCCGCCUCUGCAGGGUCGGUGCUGCUGGUGGCGGCGGAAAGGAACCGGUGGCAUCGCCUCCCGAGUCUGCUGCUUUCGCCGAGGAGAUGGAUGUGGAAGCAAAGAACCGUGAAGUAUGCAACAGCCACAGGAAGAACCAUUACCAAAGUUCUCAUUGCAAACAGAGGAGAAAUUGCCUGCAGGGUGAUGCGAACAGCCAGGAAAAUGGGUGUACAGUCCGUGGCUGUUUACAGUGACGCUGAUAGGAACUCAAUGCACGUGGACAUGGCAGAUGAAGCAUAUUCAAUUGGUCCUGCGCCCUCACAGCAGAGCUACCUUUCUAUGGAGAAAAUCAUUCAGGUGGCCAAGCUCUCCGCUGCACAGGCUAUCCAUCCUGGAUAUGGUUUUCUUUCAGAAAACACAGAAUUUGCUGAACUGUGUAAACAAGAGGGAAUUAUUUUUAUAGGUCCUCCUUCAUCUGCCAUUAGAGACAUGGGUAUAAAGAGCACAUCUAAAUCCAUCAUGGCUGCCGCCGGCGUACCUGUGAUAGAAGGUUACCAUGGUGAGGAUCAGUCUGACCAGUGCCUGAGGGAGCAUGCUGGGAGAAUCGGUUAUCCUGUCAUGGUCAAAGCCGUCCGUGGUGGAGGCGGCAAAGGCAUGAGGAUUGUUAGAUCGGAGAAUGAAUUUCAAGAGCAGUUAGACUCAGCCCGGAGAGAAGCUAAGAAGUCUUUCAAUGAUGAUGCUAUGCUGGUUGAGAAGUUUGUAGACACGCCAAGACAUGUGGAAGUCCAGGUGUUUGGUGACCAUCACGGCAAUGCUGUGUACUUGUUUGAAAGAGACUGCAGUGUGCAGAGGAGACACCAGAAGAUCAUUGAGGAGGCUCCAGGGCCCGGAAUCGAACCUGAAGUAAGACGAAAGCUUGGAGAAGCUGCAGUCAGAGCUGCCAAAGCUGUAAAUUAUGUGGGAGCAGGAACAGUGGAGUUUAUUAUGGACUCAAAGCACAAUUUCUACUUCAUGGAGAUGAAUACGAGGCUACAAGUGGAACAUCCUGUUACUGAGAUGAUAACAGGAACUGAUUUGGUAGAGUGGCAGCUUAGGAUUGCAGCCGGCGAGAAGAUCCCAUUGAGUCAAGAAGAAAUAUCUCUGCAAGGCCAUGCCUUUGAAGCAAGAAUAUAUGCAGAAGAUCCAAACAACAACUUCAUGCCAGGGGCUGGGCCGCUAGUCCAUCUCUCUACCCCUCGAGCAGACCUUACCACUCGGAUUGAAACUGGAGUAAGACAAGGAGAUGAAGUCUCCGUGCAUUAUGACCCCAUGAUUGCCAAGCUGGUCGUAUGGGCUGCCGAUCGCCAGGCGGCCCUGACGAAGCUGAAGCACAGCCUCCGUCAGUACAAUAUCGUCGGACUGCACACCAACAUUGACUUCCUGCUCAGCCUCUCCAGCCACCCAGCGUUUGAAGCUGGGAAUGUGCACACCGACUUCAUUCCUCAACACCACAGAGAACUGUUUCCCGCUCGGAAGGCCACAGCCAAGGAAUCUGUGUGCCAGGCAGCCCUGGGCCUCAUCCUCCAGGAGAAAGCUGUGACGGAUGCUUUCAAACUUCAGGUGCAAGACCGAUUCUCUCCAUUUGCAUCUAGCAGUGGAAGAAGACUGAAUAUCUGUUACACCAGAAACAUGACUCUUAGGGAUGGCAAAAGCAAUGUAGACAUAGCUGUAACAUACAACCACGAUGGAUCAUAUAACAUGCAGUUUGAUGAUCAAACUUUCCACGUCCUUGGAGAACUCUGUAGUGAGGGAGACUGCACCUACCUGAAAAGUUCCGUCAGUGGAGUUGCUCGGAAAGCUAAGCUCAUUAUCCUGGAAAACAGAAUUCACCUCUUUUCCAUGGAAGGAACUGUCCAGAUUGACAUUCCAGUACCCAAAUACUUGUCUUCAGUGACCUCUGAGGGAGCUCAAGGAGGUACCAAAGCACCUAUGACAGGCACCAUUGAAAAGGUGUUCGUGAAACCUGGAGACAAAGUGAAAGCUGGAGAUUCUCUCUUGGUGAUGAUCGCCAUGAAAAUGGAGCAUACCAUAAAGGCCCCCAGGGAUGGUACGAUAAAGAAGAUUUUCUACAAAGAAGGCUCUCAAGCCAACAGACAUGCUCCUUUAGUGGAAUUUGAGGAGGAAGAAUCCAACAAGAGGGAUUCAGAAUAA